UUAUCCGAUUAUACUUUUAAUUUUGUUUUUCGAAUAGAAAUACAGUCGGUCGCAUUCGCGUUAAUUGGAAGUUAAUAAACUUGGUUUCUCUCUUAAAAAAAGAAAAAAAAAACCAAAAUAUAAUGAUGAAGUUUAAUUAAAUAUAUCGUACGGGUGAAAUAAAUUUUCGUUUUUUCGGUGGAAGUUCGAUUUUCAUGUGUCUAGGAUACUAGAAAUAAAAUAACGCGCGUGCAUAACAAAUCUUCAAUCGGCAGAGCAGUUCAACAGUUGAAAACGAAAAAACCCAAAGAAAGUGAGAUCGUAGAGCGUGAUUUCUCGCUCUAUCCAUCUCGAUUGUGUGGCGAAAAAAGGAAAUAAGCGUCAACUGGAUUGGAAAUAAAUGCGAUUUUAGGACGAAUUUUUUUUAGAAAUCAACACUAUCCUCAUUGAAAGUUAACCGAGAGCAAGCGUUAAGCCACCGAACGUUUUAAUAAUUAUUAAGUAAUAAAGACUAAACACAAAUUUACAAAAAUGUUGCCUACAAAUGUGGGCGCUUUCCUCCGAAAGAUGGUGACAGAUCCACCAGCUAGCGAAAUUGACAAUACCGGGGCUUUUGAUAGGCUCAGACAAACACUGUCUUCUUCCCUACUAACAGCUCAAGAUAGAGUGACAAAAGUGUCACCUAGGCCUUCAAUGACUCCUGACGCAGAGACUUUGAGUAUGAUGCAACAAGUACAACAACAGCAACAAUCACAAUCAAAUCAAUCGAAUCAAGUUAGUAGUAGUAAUAGUAGCCAACAAAAACCCGAACCGGGUAAAGCUCCAAGUCGUGCUGGUACGUGCCGCGUUUGCUUAAAAUCAUUUAAACCGGACGAUUUUAGUAAAAUUUGUGCCGAAUGCCAACAAAAAGUGUGCGAAGAUUGUGCCAGCUAUAGCAAAUUAGACGAUAGCGAAGAUGCGAUAUCAUGGUGCUGUAGUGUAUGUCGACGAAAAAUGGCUUCGCGCGUCUGUUUGCCACAAGAUUCGACCGAUUCGACGCUUGACGUGCCAUGUAUGGAAGCCAUUCAGCGAAGACAUUCCGAGGUGAAAUUAGGCUCAAGUCAACAAUUAUCGUGUGGCAACAGUGGUUUGGCACCACCGCGCAGUCCCGAACUUCGACGUCAUUCCGACGUUUCACCAGCAUCAAUUAGAGAAUUAGAAAAGUUCAAGGACAAUUCAGGUUGGAAUAAACCAAGCAGCGCAAAUCCAAGCCGACCAGCAAGCCCAUCAAUGCGUAUCGAUUUCAAUGCACCAUUGUCCAGAGCUGGAUCGCGAAGACAAUCAAGAGUUGUAGCUAGGCAACACAGUUACGAUGACGAUAUCAAAGCUUCCACAGCCGAAACUGUAAACAAUAAAGACACUGGAUUAGAAUUACCAAACAUACAGCGAAGAGCAUCCGCUUAUGAUGUGUUAGCACCAUCGGUGCUAAACUCAGCGGCUGGUAUUCCAUCAUCGCGUAGAUCAUCGUUCCGUGGAACCGCACCAGAGUCAAAUAUGUAUAAAGAGAAUUCACCCAGUCCGGAAAAAAAUGAUUCCGCGCUAUUCGUUGAAGAGGAUCGUCGAGUGCGAAGACGUGGCUCACAAUUGCCGGAUAUUAGUGCGAUUCGAGAUAGAGCAGCUCUUACGAACUCCAAUACAAACCAAUUAACAGCAAUGCCAUUCCAGCCACCAGCCUUAGAAGAUUUGGAAGCACCACGGCGGCAAACUUCAUUAGAUGGUGAAGCAAUCAAAAUUAUAAUUCAUGACGUCGAUUCGGGACCAUUUCUUGCGUCCAAACGGCGAGUCACAUUGCGACGAGAUCCAACUGAUAAGGCGCACAGAACUCGAGGCUUUGGAAUGCGUGUUGUUGGUGGUAAAACUGGAACGGAUGGUCGUUUAUUUGCGUAUCUCGUAUGGACUGUACCUGGAGGACCGGCCGAAAAGAUGGGUCUACAACAAGGAGAUAAGGUUUUGGAAUGGAAUGGUAUGUCAUUAGUUGAUCGAAGUUUUGAAGAAGUGUGUGCUAUAAUGGAUCGAACUGGGGACACGGUUGAAUUGCUCGUUGAGCAUGCAGCCGAUUUUCGUAUGUGUGAUUUAUUGGACGAGGCUGCACCACCGGGCUCAAGCGGAGGUGGUGUAAACAGCAACCUUCGAAAAAACGUCGAUGAUUUAUCAUCCGGAUUAGUUCCAGAUGUGGAAACAACAGCCGAUAAGUCGCCAUCGUCACCAACAAGGCGAAAAUUACCAAAAACUCCGAGACAACUAAAAGAAAAAGUAUCAGGGCGAGUACAAUUCGAAUUAAGCUAUCAUACAGAUCGUGAAGAAUUAGUUGUAUCCCUAAUGGCCGCUGACAACUUACCUCUCAGAGAUGAAAAAGCUGGGCAUGGUAAAUUACCAGAAACAUUCGCCAAAGUCCGCAUUUUACCCAAAAUGUACAAUGGUCAUGUAGAACGUACUGAAGUGUCAGCGCCCACACAAAAUCCCAUAUGGAAUGCAACGUUAAUAUUUCCGAAUGUUAAGGCUGAUGAAUUGCUAAAGCGGCAUGUUGAAAUCGAAUUAUGGGACAUGGUGCCGCAUGCCGAAUUUGUAUUUUUGGGCGUGUGCACGGUUGACAUUCAGAAAGCUUUAUUGGAUGAUGGAGCGAUUUGGUGUCGUAUCGAAGAGCAAAAUAAUGCGACCAAUAUUCAAACGAAUUCCUCAAUGGAUUCAGCAUCAGGUGGUAAUGGUGGAAAUAAAUCAGCAACUGGUGCAACAUCAACAUUAUCAUCAUUUCGUCCGGUUUCGUUGGAAGUGUCAAAAGGUAGUAGUGGCGAUUGGUCAAAGCCAAUUCAUAAUGAUAUGAGUCAUAGUUAUACGCGAUUACAUCGUGGUGAACAUUUGCGCAGUUCAUCAUCGGAUGAUGUUGAUUCAAUUGGUGAUGCAUCAUCGUUAUUGCAUCCGGAUCAUGCAUGGACAAGUGGUUCGCGACGCGGUUCAUCGCAAUCGGAACAAUUAAAUGUCGAACAAUAUCAAUUGGGCAAAGAUUAUUCGCAUUCAUUGCCCGGUUCACGGCGUUCAUCAUUUCAGGAUGGUCAACAAGGUAAUCAUGAUAACAGUGAUAGCAACAUUUUUAAUUCGUUGUGUUUGACCGGUCGACGUCGUUCAUCGUGCACACGCCGCGAUCCACAUGAUGAAUUCUCGAAAUCGCAUAAAGGCUCGAAAAGUAAAUUGAAUCGUACAUUGAGCGCUUCAUCGUCAGAAAAACGGCUCACAAAGACCAAAUAGGACGGGGUUUUUGCUUCUUUUUUGUCAUGGCAAAAAAGAUAAGCAAAACACAUUCACUAAAAUUCACACAAAAAUAAAAACAAAUUAUACAGAGAGAUAUAGAGACAACACCAGAUAUAUUCAAAACGCCAUAAAUAAAAACCAAACAUAUAUAACGACAACUCGACCGAAAACAACAAAUUCCCAUCACCUCUCUGGUAUAACCCGAUGACACUGACGAUGAAGCGAUACAUACGAGCAUUCAAUAUAUCAACAUUUAUAACUGAAUAGAAUAGAAAACGAGAACAGAUACAGAUAGAGAGAAAGAGAGGGGAAAAAUGAGAUGAUCAACCCUUUUUUCGGUUCUAAUUAACUUUUAUAUUUUAUGUAAGACAAACAAAUGAAUAUGAACUGAAUAUAUUAGAGAGAAAGAAAAAUAUCACACACAUUUUUAGCAUGAUUUUUCAGCUGAUGAUAAACCAACUAUAGCAACAUCAACGAACAAAUGUUCGGCUAAAAGUUUUAGUGGGCCUAAUUUUUAUUAUGUUUUAAUUUGAUGAAACGGACUACAUUUUGAGACAAAAUGAAAACGACGAAUAUACAAU